GGGGGUUACACCCCAAGUACUCACCCAGCCAACCACCUGACUCGCCCGGAUGACCUGCUUCACGGACCUCGGCGCCCUGCUGGGCCUCAGCUACUUGUGGUCCCGUCUCCACGGGCGCCAGCAGCGCCGCCGCUUCGAGCGCCGCGCGGCGCUGCAGCGCUUGGCGCGCCGGUGGCUGGGUCGAGACCUGGUGCCCGGGCCAGCAGGCGAGGAGCCAGAGGACGCGGCCUGCGCCAGCGCCUGGCGCGCGGUGUGUCGCUACGAGGAGGCGCACCAGAAGGAAGGCUGCGCGCCCCCGACGGUGGACUGCUCGGUCGGGCUUCCUGGCCUCUCUGGCAUGCUGCAGCGGGCUGGUGUAGUGCAGGUGGAGGCGGAUUUGGAGCCGGAGGAGCUGUUGUGUGCCGACGUCAGGCCUUGGCUACGGCUGGCCCCUAGCAAGGCCUCCGAGCUGCCGAAGCGGGUGGGCUUCUACCAGCAGCUGCUGAUGCGCCCUGAGGUCUUCGGGGAUCCGCCCUUCUUCGCCUUGCUGGCCUUCCUGUGCGAGCGCCUGGACGAGCUCUCGAGCCGCCUCGCGGGCUCCUCACGGGACUGCGCGGUUCAGCUGGCAAAGGUCAUCUCCGCUGGAAAGGAAGUCUUGGGCGCAUUGCUGCCAGUUCUCCUGCUGGCCAUUUGCGACGUCAUGGACGGAACGGCGACGCCGCUCAUCAGCGUGGAGUCGAUGUUGGCCUCCCUGGAGGCACCGGUGUCGGGCAGGCUGUGGGCAUCCGACGCGGGCCGCAUGCUGCGGGAGCUGUUGCAGUCCCCGCACUUUGCCGAUUUCUGGGGCUGCAGAAAAGGAGACGGAGCCCGAGGGUCACUGCUGGACAUGUGGUUGGAGCUGCGGCACGCUUGGAUGGACGCCUUGGAUGCGCAGGAGCAGCUUGCUGAGGCCAGCGGCAUCCACGAGCUCUUCCGCGCCAGCGGGUGUCGGGAGGUGCAGCAGUCAUACCUCGACCUCUACAAGCAGCUGGACAACGUCAUCAAGUUCCUGUCGAUGGUGGCGCACUACCGGCGCCUGGCCACUGUGGCAGGAGACGCCGCCAUGUACCACUUGCGUGCCAUCCUCCACCACCUGCUGCAGGAGAUCGAGACGUCCAUGGCGCAGGUCUCGCUGCUGGUGUCGCGGAUCAUGCGCGAGGUUCGGCGCGCCGUGAUGAACGCGACGUCCGGCAACGCCAAGGGCGCCGCCGGCGGCACCUUGCUUUGGCUCAGCAGGCUGCAAGUCAUCGACGAGCAGGCUCUGGGCAGGUCGACCCUCGCGUUGCUCGAGGCCUUGCAGCAGCUCCGGUUCCUGAGCUCGGAGGCGCGCCUGCCGGAGCUCCGGAAAUCUUGCCAGCAAAGUUUGCAGCAGAUCUGCGCGCUCACGGCCUCCCCCGAGUUCCGGUCCCGCUGCCUCGAGGUGCCGCCGGAGACGACGUUGCCGGCCCUAGAGAUCUUUGCAGGAGAGGAAGAGGAAGCCGAGACCGAGCCCCUCGAGGAAGCCGAAGCGCCGGCUCUUCUGGAGACUGCGCCGGCGCCAAGUGCAGGCGCAGCUGGCCCGGCCAGUCCGGCCAGCCCUCUCCCGGAACCAAAGCCUGAGGCCGAGCGGGAGGCCCCCGAGGCGCGAGCAGAAGUGCGCCUGGGGAAGGAGUGUGACCAGGAGGAGCAGGACCGUUUCUACGAGUUGCUUUUAGCAGCGGUUCUGCCCCUGCUCGGCGACGGUUCGUGUUUGGCUUCCGAGGAGGUGCUUUUCAUGCUGGGCCGGGCAGGUUUACAGGCGCAGGCUCAGGACUUGAUGCGCGGCAAGGAGCGUGUGGAGGGGGAGGAGCUCCGGAGAAUCCUGGAGACAGCGGCUUUGACCUCGGCAUCAACCGGGAUUGACGCCAACUUCCCGGCCAACCGGGCCUGCGCCCGCCAGGCACGGCUACAAGAUGGACAGGAGAACCUGGUGGAGCCGGCGCGGCGGGUGCCCUGGAUUGAAGGCAUCACCUGGGACGGCCGGCGCCUGCGUAUCGGCGCGGCCUUCCAGGGGUGAAGCGAAAAAGAGAAAAAGGC